AACUUUGUGAGUUUUUUAGCACUGAGACCAGAAGUAUGUCUGUACAAUAAAGACAUGGAAAAAAACCUCUUGUAUCUUGAUGUAAAGAAAAUAGAGGUUUUUGUUUUAGAAUGUAUACAAAAUUUGCAAGAAAAUUUAAAUUUCGAAAUAGUCAGUUUACUGUUGGAGUCACAGCGGUUGUGGGUGGAUCGUCUCAGUUAUAAAUGACCGUUAAUCAGUAAUCUGUCAGAGUCUGGAAGUGAGCUGAGAUGAAGAUGUGGUUCCUCCUCCUGCUCAUCUACUCCUCCACUAACACGGAGCCUGUACAAACUCAGUCUAAAGGUAAAGUUGUUCUGCGUGGUGGAGAAAACCCCUGUGAGGGUCAUGUAGAAAUCUACUACAACAACAUAGCGGGGUAUGUUGGAGAUAAACACUGGAACAGCAACAGUGAGAAGGUGGUCUGCAGAGCCACCCAGUGUGGGACACCUGUCUCUUCUGCAACCAAAAAUGUCCCGAGGCUCAUGAACAGAACGGUGUGGCUGAACGAACUGCAGUGCAGCGGAGACGAGAACGAUCUGUGGGACUGUGGAGGCUAUCCGGCUCCAGGCGUCAGCUUCUACCAAAAGCCCACAGUGAAGAUGAUCAAAUGUUCCGAACAAGUGGAGAUAAACCUGGUUCCAUCUUUGUGUCAGGGAGCAGCCCACUACUUGAAAGCCGUCUCGAGACAGACUGGAUACUUCUGCAAAGACAACUGGGGAGACAAAGACCGUGAAAUGGCUGAGCAGCUGUGCAGGAGUUUGGGAUGUGGAGGUUUCAAAGAGAUUCCAAAACUUGAAGAGAUGACAGAAAAAGAUUUUAGGGGGUCGGCGAAGACGGCGGUGGACUGCGCAGGCAUCGCUCCAGUGUCCAACCUGUGGCAGUGCAUCAGGAAAAACGCCAAAUGCAGAGACCCUGUUGUUGUCACAUGUGAAGACCAUGAGACUGUGCGGCUCCAAGGCAGCCGGACAAACGUUUGUUCAGGGCAGCUGCUUGCUGAAGAAAACGGCGAAUGGAAACCAGUGAAGGAGAACACAAGCAUCUCGAAUAACUUCUGCAGGAUGAUGCAUUGUGGUGACAUCAAAAACCACACAUACGCUGAUCACAAUCUACACCUGACAUGCACAGACACAGUGAAAGUUGUUUUGCUGAGAAACAACAGAGAAACAAAAUGUUUUGGUUCAGUUCAUGUGAAUGUGAACGGUGUGAACAAACCUGUGUGCGGCACCAAGUGGACUCGAGAGAAUUCCGAAACCGUCUGCAAAGAACUCAACUGUGGAAAACCAAUAAGCUGGUCACUUCAGAGCAAUGGUUCAGGACCUGGGAUAAUGGACAGUGUGAAAUGCACGAUCCACGAUUCUUUGUUAUGGCACUGCAAGGCCAAACACAGCAUGAACCUGUUCUGUAAGGAAGUUCCUGAUAUCAUUUGUUCAGGAAGUGUUAAGUUUAGACUGGCGGACGGUCCAGGAAAAUGUGCUGGUAGGCUGGAGGUCCAUCAUGGAGGAGAGUGGAAAAGGGUCGCUAAAAGCGGAUGGGAUGAAAAAUAUUCAGACAACAUCUGUCAACGCCUCAACUGUGGGGAGACAACUGCAGAUAAUCAUCCUGAAAAGUUCUUCCAGGGUUCUGGAAACUUUGUGUCCGUGAAGUGUGACCAAAACCAGCCUGACAUUUCUGAAUGUGUGAAAUCUGAGCAAUAUACAAGAAAUGAAGAAGCUGUAGGAAUAACCUGCAAGAAUCAUGAAGUGGUUUUUCUAGAUGGAUCUGAACCCUGUUCUGGAGGGGUGGGAAUCAGACAAAACAACAACACCUUCUGGCUCUCCGGGUCCAAUGAGACCUGGAACUCUGAGGCUGCACAAACAGUGUGUAAGCAGAUGCACUGUGGCAACCUCAUCAAGUUCUACUCCAGACCUUCUGCUGAGGACAUGACUGAUAUGACCUUCAGAGCUUACCGCUGCUCUGGAAACCAUGCAUCUCUCCUUGACUGUGAUAAAGUGGAACUUCCUGACCACAAUGAGACCAUUGCUCAGGUGGAAUGCUCAGGAACAAUCAACAUGAGCCUGAGUAAGGGCUGCUGGGGAAAAGUCCACAUUCUUACAGAAGGAAAGUCUGGAGGUGUUUGUGCAGACUCCUGGACUGAGGAAAUGUCUAGAACUCUGUGUCAAGACCAGGGCUGCGGGGAUACUAUCCUAAAAGUUCGCAAGCCUCCUUCAAGAGAACAAGUUUUGUUCAAAAGUCUCCACAUGCUUGGUAACAACUUUACCCUGAGGCAAAGCACCUUUGUUAAAAUGGAGACCAAAGUAAAGUGUAUACCAGCCUAUGCUGUCUGUGCAGGCAGUGCUAAACUGAAAUUUGAAGCUUCCCGGGAUGAAUGCAGGGGAAUGGUUCAGAUCCUCUAUGAAGACGACCCUCUUCAAGUGAGCAGGAAAGUUCUGACAGAACACUCCAACAGCAUUUGCAGAAGGCUGGGAUGUGGUCACACUCAACAUGUUGCUGCUUAUUUUGGACCUCAAGAUGUUAGUGAAACCAUCACAGAGCUGAAGUGUUCUGGAGAGGAUUCAAAUGCAUCAUUGGAAACUUGCAGCAUUACCACGGGAAAAAGCAGUGAUCAUGGAUUCCUGCAAUGUUCAGACUGGAGGGAGAUGGUUCUUGAAGAUCAUGGCUGUAAAGGAGAAGUGGCUGUUUACUCUCAAGCAGGAAAGAUGUUUGUUUCCAGUGAAGGCUGGACACAGAUGGAGGGGGAACAACUCUGUAAGGAUCUGCAGUGUGGCCCAUUUGAGAAUAAAAGAGAAGUUCCAGAUGCAGAUUCUUUCUGGAACAAAACCUUUAAAUGUCCAACUGAUGGAAGCGCUGAAAGUAUCUGGGACUGUGAAACAGAAAUUCCUCCCUCGCUGGAGAGGAAGAAGGUCUUCAUUGGAUGUCAAGACCGGUCAAAGGUCAGCCUGUCUGGCAACUGUUUUGGAGAAGUCAUGAUCGAGUCUUCUCUAGUGUGCAACAAAAACUGGGACAUCGACUACUCAAACAGGGUCUGUCAAGAACUGAACUGUGGCAACGCCUUUGACUAUUCUGAUUCACCUGGUGCAAAACCAGAACUAUAUGUCAGCUGUGACCAACACCACCAUGUCCUGGGUCAGUGCCACAGAGCAGAAGGGAGGUGCCAAAGCUCCGUGUCCGUCUCCUGUUACAAACAGAUUAAGUUUCAGACGACAGAAAAAUGUGGAGGUCAGGUUCAAGUCAAUUAUGGAAGGAAAUGGAAAAAUGUUUGUGUUAACAAAGACACAUUGACCAACAACAAACUAUUGAACAGUCUGUGUAAAGAGAUGAACUGUGAAAAUAACACAAAUGCAAGACUUGAAGAGAUCAAUAAAGGAGUAUUCUUGGAGUGCCCUACAGAUUGCAAGGAUCUGAAGUAUUGUGUGAAACAACAACCCUGUGGAGGACAAACUCAUGGACUGAUCAUUGAAUGUCAAGGUUUUGAGACCAAGGAACCAGAGGUGGAAAAAUCAAACAACACAAUGCCUCUUGUUGUGGGUUUUCUGAUGUCUCUGCUUGUGUUGAUGCUGGCUGUGGUAUUAGUUCGGAUCUGGGUGGUCCGGAGAGCUCGAAAAGCAAAGUUGUCUAAAAUGCUGCCAGACAGAGAAGCGGAUCAGGACAGUGAGUCCUAUGAUGAGGUGGGGCAACCAGGAGAACUGGAUCUUAAACAUGAAAAUGUUUUUGCUGAAACUGUAUUCAUGAAGGAGACAGAUAACCAGAGCUCUUCCUCUCUGGAGUACGAUGAUGUGGAUAAAGCACCUGAGACUCAGCCUCUGACCCCCCAGGUCUUCAUGCCUGCUGCCUCAAAAGGAAACUUUGGGCCCCAGCAACUUGCAGCCCAAAGUGAAGGAAAGUUUUAAACCAUUUGUGACGCUUUUUUCAUUUGUGUUGAUGUCCCGCUCCGACGAAAAUCCUGUUUUUUGAGUUUUUAACAUGUAUAUGUGGCAUUUUUCUUAUUUAAGACAGCAAAUGUAAUAGGAAAUCAUUUUGCUUUUACUUUCCGAGUAUUUCUCCUUUUAAAUCGCUGUCAAUCACACUGUCGCAGAAAAACUCAGUUUGAAUUAACGAACCGUUUAUAGAUCACGAGAACGCUCAGUUUGCGGCUCAUUUGACUGCAGCAGUGGAUUAGAAAUCCACGAAGCUCCUCAUUUCCUCGUCCGAGCUGACAUCCAGUUCAAAACUAAACUGCUGUAGCAGCGGCGAUGAUUUACGCACGUGAAACACAGAGCUACCAUCAUCAGACUGGAAGAGGGGCGUGUGUGUGUGUGUGUGCCGAUGAAGGAGCAAGUCCGCUCAGCUCCAAAAGCCACGCCCCCCCUGAGGAUAUUUUUCAGGUUGAGGCUUCAGAUCAACAUUAAAAAUUGCUUUUUAAGACAUUUAGGUUGUGGGAUUUUGUUUAAAAACGUCAUAAUCAUAAUCAAAACUCUACUGGGAACGGUUUUUUUUAUAUGAUUAAAAAAAAUCAUCAUGGGGGACCUAAUACAAAUUUUUCACAUUACAAUAAAAAGACCAACAGAAGUUAAGAAGUUUUUUUUUUCUUUUUUUUUUUUCCAAACAGAUGGAAAAGUGUAUGGAGUGGAUGACCCGCAUGGAAAUUCCAACCACACUGAAGAUGCCCCCGCUGACACGCAGACCACAGUGGAGGUCCACAACGAGCCCAAAGCUACAGCUGACGACAGCGCAGAACCACCUGAAGAGGAAGAUUACCUUUCUCCUGAUCAGGAUGGGUGAGACACAGCGGGAAAUACUGCUUGAACAAAUGGAGUUUAUAAUAAUUCAAUCAAUUUGUUCAAAGCUCUUUCACUUUUUAUUAUGACAAAGCAAAAAAAUAAAUCAUAAUCCAUGCUGAUAGAACUGCUGUGCUAGAGAAGCUUUCAUUGAUGUAUAUAUUUCUGUUGGUUAACAUGUUUAAAAAGCUAAACUUUAGCAGAAUAUAACAAAACAAUUUCAUUAUAUCUAAUUUAAAUACGAAAGUACUCAGUUGAUUUGAUGACUUAAAAAAAAAGUUUUUUGUAUUGACUAUUUUCUUAUUUUAUUUACCCACAAAAUGUCGGCGCUUGAUGAUGUUUGAAUAUUGAAGGUCAAUGUUAGUAGGAACCUUAGGAACCCACUCCAGUGAAAACUCUUUUUAAUGUGUUUUUGUGGCAUUUUUCUCAUGAUGGAGGACAUAUAUAUAAAAAAAUUAAGCUUAAAAUUGUGUGUCUGAAGUCUAGCAGCUUCAAACCUAAAAAGUUAAUAAAAGCUGUGUGCUUUGGUGAGUGUAGCAGCCUAUAAACAUUUACCCCAAAGACCCUAAUCCUGUGACGUCAUCGUCAGUCAGUUCUGGUGUCUGUGGCUUAGAACGGCAAAGCUGAGAGCUGAACACUGUUUAAAGCAAUUUGUAGGAUAUAAUGUGAAAACAAUAUUAGCUGACUUUACACUGAAACUUUGGUGCGGACCAAACACACCAGUGUGAAACCUCUGAAUUCCAAGGGGGAUCUCGGGUAUUUUGAGCUCUUGACAUGUUAGCAUUGACAAGAAAAAGGUCAUCAUCAUCUACCCUUUCAGAGCUGUAAUGAUUUCAUUUCAUUUGUAAAAUGUUGAAAUGAAAAAGUUUGUACUUUGUUGAUUUUGUUUAUAUUUUUUAACAACUGCAGCCUUGUUUUAAUGUCUAUAUCACUUCUGUGUGGGAUUAAUGAAGGGUAGGACAAAGGGGCGGAUUAGCUUUCAUUUAAAUUGUUAUCUUCUUUAGUUUUUCUUUUUGUUUUUAACUGUAAAGUACUUUGAUGUGCUUAAAGUAUUUUUCCAUGUAAAUAAAGUUUGAAUAAUUCAAAGAAGAAUGG